AUAAAAUAUGCAAAUGAAACCAAGCUCACAAGAAACACUUAAGAUUUUGAAUAACAUGAAAAUCAGAAAAAUAGGCACCGUCAAGAAUUAUGAACACUAUGCCUGAGGGUUAGGAGCUGAUUUAUAGUCCACAAAAGAGACGAUGACUCGGUUAUUAGACAUCUUAUCCAAGAAUCGAGGCAUAAGUUUAAUGGGAGGAUAAAUUUUGAUAAGCAUCAGAAAAUCCUCAGAUCAAAUUUCAUAGUUUCUAGGCCAAAAAAGAAAACAAUGAGUAAGGUUGAAGAGCACAAAGAGAAUUUAGAUAAAUACAAAGACUUAAGAACUCUUCAUAAAGGUACUCGGAAGAAAUUUGUGAGCACAUCAAAUGACAGUGAGUUGAAGAAGAACCAUACUUUUGAUAGCAGAACUCAAGUGGAGGACAUGAGCUCUAAAAGAUAAAUCAAGAUUUUCUAAUCGAAGGCAAAUCUAGUAGCAAUCAACU